AUGUACAUUGGGGCAUCAAAGCCCCACACCACACUUGUGGUAGAGCACGCCUUCCUGCUUUGCAAGCCGGAUUCCGAGCAGCAUCACCGCUACAUUUUGCAAACUGUCUCUGACGCCGGGUUUCUAGUGCUGGCGAAGUCCUUCAUUAUUACCCCUGCCCUGGCGGAGGAGCUUGCAAGCAAGUUUCAAAGUGUGCGGAAACGCAGAUACGCCGAACGCGGCGUGGAAAAAAUCUUCAGUGGCCACAAAUUGGCCUUGCAGAGCGACAAUGCGUCCUUGUCUACAAGGCGGCGGAAAGAUGUGGUGGACAGAGAUCGCCUCAACGGUACCGCCGCAGAUGAUUUAUCUGCUGGGGGUGAAGACGAAGACGUCGAUCACAAUAGUGCCCAGAGCAGCGCAAGUAGCGGCGAGAUUAGCGCCACUAUCAAGCGUCACCGUAGCCAAGAAACGCAUCAAGGCAUAAUCGCGGAAAUCAUUUGUCUCACAAGUCGGCACACCGACGAGGAGGGGGUCAACGCUGGACUACCAAACGUAGCUGAUGAGCACAGGACGACGGCGGACGGACGCGGCACAGAAGGGAACGAAGGACGAGCCGACAGUCGAAUGCAGCAGGAGCAUAAACCUGAGCGUCGUGUGGUAACUGGGAUGGUGUUGAAAAAUACGAUGAUUGAGGCCAUGUCUUACAAGGAGCUCCUUGACGAGCACGUGCGACAUCUCGCAUUCGGUGGAACUUGUUUGGCGGUGGAACUCUCCAGGCAUAAUGCCGUCGAGAAGCUGUUGGAGAUUGUAGGUCCGGAAAAUCCCAUAGACGCACGCCGUGUCGCACCGUACAGUCUCCGGGCACGCCUUGGAACAGAUUUGGUGCGCAACGCCGUUUACGCUGCCUCUAACUUGGCAGAGGCAAGCCACUGCAUCUCCACCGUCUUUGGCUUUGCAACCCGCUACUCUGCAGCGGACGUUCGUGCCCAUACCGCCAUGCCAGAGGCCGGUGGCGCUAAGAAUGAUGAGCAGGUCGCUGGCACCCCUGCGAUUGUGCGUCCGCACUGCAAGCUGGUGAGUGCUGCACUCCACCCUUUGCACGGCAGUCCCUUUAAGCCGGCAGCGGCUUUACGUAUUGAGAAGGCAAACCCCCAGGCGCACCUCUCGUACUACACGGGGCAGCCCGGGCCAGGCCAGACGCAGGAAAAGGAGGAGACAGACGACGAUGUGAGGCGUGGUCAGCCGGAUGACGCCGGGUCGUGGAAGAAGAAGGCAGAACAGCUGGAGCAGCAGCUUGCACAGGGGCAGAUGGAACUGAUGAUGCGUGCGAAAUUGCUCCGUGCGCGGGAGUUGGACUUGCUGCUACGCGAGCGUGCAUUGGAGAAGGCAACACACACCUACUUUGCCCCGGCACAACCGAUUGAGGGGAAUAUGAAGUCCAACUUGUUCUUAUGCCCCCUGUUGGCGUCAGUGGAGGAGCAGAUCGGGAAGGAUCGGUUGUCGCCCUUCAUGAUGCAGGGACAACAACAACAACUGUUCUCGUCACAGAGCAAGCUGAACGACGCCCCGCUUUCUCAGAGCGUGUUGGAACCGCGGUCACCACAGCCACAACAUGUGGCUGCUGAGAUGCCCACGGCUACCGCGCGCGGGAUGCUGCCUGUGAUUGAGGCGGAGGACGUCUCGCUGCUUCUGACGAGGCCCGUUCGUCUUCGUGCGCUCUACGUGGCUUUGAAGCACAGCUCUGAGAACGGGGAGCUCACGCGGAAGGCGGUGCUCGCGUUGUAUGACCGUAGUCCCGCCGUUCAGUUACUGUGGAUGGACGGCCACCGCGAGUUUUUUCAGCGGCACGUAGAGGAGCACACGGAGGAGCCCGUGUCGUUUGACAGCUUCGUGUGCGUUCUGAUGUUCCUUCUCAAGCAGUAG